CUUGUCCCCUCUGGCCCCGGCCGCGUCUCUGUGCAGCGGCCCCGCCAUGGCAGCGGCACUGGCGGCCUUGCGAGCGCUGCGGCAGGUCGGGCCUGGCACGGCUUCUGCCGCCGCCGCUCCUUGUGCAGCCGGCUUGGCCAGGCCCCGUCGCGCCUUAGUCGGCUGCUCCCAGGCCGCCUGGGUCAAUAGCAGCAGCGGCAGCCAGGCCGCCCCGGCUCGGAGGCUCAGCACCAGCCCCGCGUUGCUGCUCGCCGCCCGUCGAUUCACAGACAAGCAUGAAUGGAUAACAGUUGAAAACAGUAUUGGAACCGUAGGAAUCAGCAACUUUGCACAGGAAGCACUAGGAGACGUCGUUUAUUGUAGUCUUCCAGAAAUUGGAACAAAGCUGAACAAACAGGAUGAGUUUGGUGCUUUGGAAAGUGUGAAGGCUGCUAGUGAACUCUAUUCCCCACUCACAGGAGAAGUAACAGAAAUCAACACUGCCCUUGCUGAUAAUCCAGGACUUGUCAACAAAUCUUGCUACCAAGAUGGUUGGCUUAUCAAGAUGACUGUGGAUAACCCUUCAGAAUUUGAUGAACUCAUGAGUGAAGAUGCAUAUGAAAAAUACAUAAAAUCUAUUGAGGAGUGAUCCAAAUGUUAACAGUAAACCAACGCAGACCAUUUUCUUCACUGUAGAUUGUCCUAAAUUAGUGGUAUACAGAAGGUUCAACUCUGAGCAGCUUAUCCAGGAAAUUUUCAAGGAAAAUAUGCUGCCUUUGAUUCAAAUUGUGCUGAUCUAUGCCCACAAGUGACUGCAAAUCAAAACAUUUUCAUUUGGGGGGCAGGUGUCUGUCUUCUAGUACAUGGUGGUUAUUGUUUUUUAGUCGAAUAAAUGUAAUUAUAGGAGGUCAAGAGUCUGAAGUUCAUAAUUACAUCUGGAGUAGAAUAACCUUUGUUCCUAAAAUAAACCUAAGCAUUGAUAAAGUAGAACUGUAACAGCCUUAAUUUCACAGCACAAACUGUGCUUCUCAGCUCCACGGGUUUUAUUCCCUCCCCAAGACAGCAGCCUGCUUUCAAUCACGUUUUGUAAUAUUAAGGCUGCAUUGCUGCCGUCGGAAUUAGUGAAGGUUCCAGGUGAUUAGAGCAGAACCAGAUUUCACCUUUUUAAGUGAAACUGGGGGAGGUGUGGCCAUCCUCUACAGAUAAGGCUCCCUGCUUUGCAGUGGAACAGAUAACAGAAGUUAAUAAAAAAUCCUGACUUUA